AUGGGCAACAAAAUUAUGUUGGUUAAGGAAUCUGGGAUUGCCCAGCUGGUAGGUUAUGCCGGUGGUUUGGGUAAAGUGAGUGAAAACUUUAAAAAUGAUGAAGAUUUAACUGCUGAUGACUUCAAUCAUCUUGGUGAAUCUUCAAUCCAUAAAGAAGUUCAAGGCAGCAAAAAUGAGCGAAAUGAACUUGAAUUUAAAACACCAACAUUGGUGAAAUCAAUAUUAAGCACAAAUCAUUCUCCAUCACUGUUUUCCCCUUUACCACCAGAUAAUGGAUUACAGAAAGGACCCAACAGCUCAACUCCAUUACCAUGGAGAUCAUCUCUGAAAGCUGCAUUUACAGUCACUCCUAAGACAGCCAAGCAUGUUGAUCAAAAUAAUUUUUGGAGACCUGAACAUACACAUUUGGAUUAUUCACCUUAUGAUCAUGCAGAUACAAGGAAGUUGUCUGCAUCCCUUGCAAUGGAUACUACAGAAAUGAAUGUAUCAUGGAGCAGUUCACUUGCCACACCACAUGUUCCUGGAUGUGGAAAACAACAUUCACAAUACACUGAAAAUUUCAGGAUUAGUUCAGAUCAAAAAAGAUCGUUUCAGCUUAGCCAAAUUCAGUCGAAAGAAUUGGACACAGCCAUUAGUGUUGAACGUAACUCAAAACCCAAGGGCGUUGUUAGAAUUUUGUUUCAACAAGAAAUGAAGGAUUUUAAAACAGAUGUCCAGAUCAGCGAAGAUCGUUCUUUCGAAAAUGUGCAAAUUUACGAAAAGAAAAAUCAGUGCGGUAAUAGUUCAAAGCGACCUUUAACUCUGAACAAAGCUGUAUUGGAUGAUGGUGGUCAUGGAAGUCCUAAUAAAGUUGGCCAUACGGAUUUCAAUAGUUCAAACUACUUUGAUAUGUCAUCUCUGUCACCAGUUAAUGAAGAAGCCAUCAAUAAACUUUUAUCAUUGCCAUUGGCGAAUAUUCACAAUUCUCCACCAGGAGUAAGAGAUGUCUCAAAUGUCAUUGAAAAGAACUCGCACAUCGUAAGGAAGUUGACACAGGAAAAUGGUUUAAAAAAAUUAUAUGAAAUAGACGAUGUUCAUAUGCACCUUUCGCAUGGUUGCAGCGUAAAUGAACGCGCUGUUAAACCAACUGAUCCAGAUAACCAUAACUUGGAGCCAAUUGCUUUUACGAAUAAUAAUUCAAAAGAAGAUAAAGAUUUUAAAAAUCUGUUAGAUAUGGACGCUUUAAGCGAGUUACCUAUGGAUGAUAUUGAUGUAUCGCGACAUAUUAUGGUGCCAAGUAAAUUAUCAAUACAAGGACAAGAGAAUAUACUCGUCGAUCACGGCCAGACUUACAACCCGGCCCUUUAUCCAAUGUCCGAUAGAAAGGUGGGGGCCUGUGUCAAAAGUAGCGUUGAGUCUCUAAAUUCAGAUGCCGGUAAUAACAAGGAGGUGAUCUCUGAGGUCAAAUCUGAGAAACAUGAGGGCGAAGAAGUAUUUGACAUGGAUGCCUUGAGCGAAAUUCCUAUGGAUUUUGAUUUCUCUGAGCAGAUCGUAGUAACUGGUGGUUCAUCGCUGAUCUCUGGUAAAAGGUGUGUGGAUCUGGCAAAGCCAAAUCAUGACCGAAACAGCAAGUGUAAUAUAGACACUGGACAAAAGAAUACGUCAACCAAAAAGAUAGAAACAGCAUCGCAAGUUAUAGAAGAUCUAUCUCUGCAACAAUUGUCAGAUAUUAGUUUAGGUGAAGAAAGUAUUUCGUAUAAGCACGCAAACUACCAAAUACGUCGAUCACCACCGCACGAAAAGCAAAAUACAGUAACACUCGAUAAAGAAAAUAAUCACACACUGACUGCUGCUUUCAAUGUAAGGAAGUGUCAAAAUGAAAACUCGUUAAGUGCUAUUGUGGGAUUUUCUACUGCUUCAGGAAAGAAAAUUACAAUUUCAGAAAAGUCUAUGCAAAAUGCCAGACAACUUCUGAACGAAGUAAAUAUUUCUUUGGGAGAUGAAAAGGUUAUUAAUAAUGAAGCUGGUAUAUUAGAUAUUAAUCGAAAAAAAGUGAUCGGUAAAUUCCAAGAUAAUAGCCGAAUAGAAAAAGUUCUUAGGGUUGGGAUUUGUUCAACGUCUUGGACUAAGGUUGACGUUUCAUUAUUCACUUCCACGAAAAUUGUGAAUGAUGUGCUACGAGAGGAGAAUGAGGAAUGCGAACAUAUCAGGAAGAGUGUUGUUAACUCGCCAGGUAUUGGCUAUUCUGCUUUGCUAAAAAAUAAAGUUGAUGUGCCGAUGAUUGCAUCUUGUGGUAACGCGGCACUUACUAAUGAAAGUAAGGACGAUAUGGUAAAAAUAGAAGAAGUGGAACAAAACAUGACAACCAAUUUCACUACUGUCUCCAGAAAAGACACUAAUAAAGCAAUUUUAGAUGAAUAUGAAAAUAUGCUGGAGUUCUCUGAAGGUUUAACAGAAGAUUUUGAUAAAUUAUUCGCCGAUCUUGAGAAAGAAAAAUAUGUUAACAAAGCAUCCAUAGAUAAGAAUAAGAAAAAGGAUAAAUGGGAAGAAAAAGACGUGAGGGAUCCCCAAUCAACUUUCGUUCAAUCAAAUCCACCACAUAAUAACGUUGAAUCUCCAAAUAAAUCGUCUACUUUAGAAGAAGAUCGUCGUGUCUCGUCGAAAACAUGUGGAAACAAUAAUAUUCCCAGUGUCAUCGGUGGUGCAUCAGGCAGACAAGAUGAAGUCAUUGAGCAUUCUUUACAGAGAGAGAAACGUAUUCUUGAUAUUCCCAAUCCAAAUGGCACCAAUGACCAGGUAAAAGGUGGUCUAGUGAAGAAUUAUCAUUUAGACUCUGGGAAUAUCGCCACCCUUUCUAACGUUUCGUCAGAGAAAGAAAAAAGUGUGAUAAAUCACGAAGAAAAUGAGAGAUGUUUUGAGCACAGACGUCCUUUGUUUACAAGAAUUCCACAGUUUGGUUUCUCUACAGCAUCGGGAAAAGAAAUCAAGAUUUCCGAAGUAGCACUGACAAAAGCUCGAAGCAUUUUGAAAGAUGUUGACAAUCAAGAAAAUCAAACGAUUCCACAAUUUGGUUUCUCUACAGCAUCGGGAAAAGAAAUCAAGAUUUCCGAAGUAGCACUGACAAAAGCUCGAAGCAUUUUGAAAGAUGUUGACAAUCAAGAAAAUCAAACGAUUCCACAAUUUGGUUUCUCUACAGCAUCGGGAAAAGAAAUCAAGAUUUCCGAAGUAGCACUGACAAAAGCUCGAAGCAUUUUGAAAGAUGUUGACAAUCAAGAAAAUCAAACGAUUCCACAAUUUGGUUUCUCUACAGCAUCGGGAAAAGAAAUCAAGAUUUCCGAAGAAGCACUGACAAAAGCUCGAAGCAUUUUGAAAGAUGUUGACAAUCAAGAAAAUCAAACGAUUCCACAAUUUGGUUUCUCUACAGCAUCGGGAAAAGAAAUCAAGAUCUCCGAAGAAUCACUAACAAAAGCUCAAAGAAUUUUGAAAGAUGUUGACAAUCAAGAAAAUCAAUCAAUUAAAACACUUGCAAACGUAAACCGUAAAGUUCCAUCUCCCACAUCACCUGUCAGCAAUGAACCUGUAUGUUUUACCUUUGGAAACAACGUUGGUGUUUCUGAAACGCCGUCACAGAAAUAUGAGUCCAAUUCAAAUAGAAUUCCAAAGUUCGAUUUACCCUCUGCCUCAGACAAAAGAAUUUCGAUUUCUGAAGAAGUAGUGAAGAAAACUAGAGAAAACAAUGAAACGGCCUCUGAAAACUAUGAUUCAGCAGAAAGAACAAGUUGCAAAGAAAACGAAGAAAGCGCAAAAGAGGCAAAGUCGUCCAACGCAUUUCCAAAGUCGGGAUUUUCCACUGCUUCAGGAAAUGAAAUUACGGUAUCUGAAGAGUCGCUAAAGAAUGCUCGAAAGUUUCUUAACGAGGUAGACAAAGAAGGACACUGGCCAAAGAGUAAAACUGCAAACAAAAGACACGACGUUCCAAGACCAACGCCAUCUACAGCCAAUAUAGGGAUAGUCCAAAAACCUGAAAGAGCGUUACAAGAUAAAGAAAACGAGGAAAACAGGUUGUUGAGCAAAUUUGGAUUCACCACUGCUUCAGGUAAUAACAUUGUGGUUUCCGCCGAAGCGUUAAAGAAAGCUCGAAAUAUUCUUAACGAAGUAGAUAACGAAGGAUGUCAUCCAAAUUCUAAGAUAUCAACGAAAAAAGACUUCCUAUUUUCAACGGCAUCGGACGUGAAGAUAGACGUAGGUCUUACCUCUAACCCCGAAAGAAAUGUUAACGUUUGCGAAACUGAAAGAAUCUUUGAUGUCCAGGAUGAUAAGGAAAAUGUACAGGAAAAAUUAUUGAAUAAAAUUCCAAAGUUCGCAUUCACUACCGCUUCAGGAAAUAAAAUUUCGGUUUCCGAGGAAUCAGUCCGAAAUGCUCGAAAGAUUCUAUGUGAAAAAGACAACGAGGAACCUGAUUUGAACUACGAGACAAGAGAAUUCAAACAUUCUUCUGGGGGAAUUUUUCCAAGUUCUACACCGUCUACAGCUAAUUUAAAGGUAGACCAAAAAGCUGAAAGGAUAGUUGAAGAUAAAGAAGAUGAUGGAAGGAAAAUGUUGAGCAAGACUCCAAAACUUGGAUUCACCACUGCUUCGGGAAAUGACAUUGUGGUCUCCGACGAGGCACUAGAGAAAGCUCGAAAUAUUCUUAACGAAGUAGAUAACGAAGUAUGUCGUCCACCAAAGUUAAAAUUUUCAAAGAAAGAAGACUUUCAAUUUUUAACAGCAUCCCUCACAAAAGCGAAUGUAGGUCUUUCCUCUGCCUCUGAAACUGAAGAAAUCUUUGAUGUCUAUGAUGAUAAAGAAAAUGUUGAAAGAAAAUUGUUGCAUAAAGUUCCAAUGGCCGGGUUCACUACUGCUUUUGGGAAUGAAAUUGCGGUCUCUGAGGAAUCAGUCAGAAGUGCUCGAAAGAUUCUUAAUGAAAAAGACGGCGAAGAACCUAAUUUAAACUUCAAAGGGAGAGAUCUCAAUGCUCGAUCUUCAAAAAGAAAUGCUCCAAGUUCCAAAAAACCUGAAAGCGUUGAGGAUAUUAAAAAGUCCAUUAAUAAUAAACACUGUGUUGAGUUUUCUGAUGAUGGGAUUUCUUCAAGAAUACCCGAAUCUCCAUUGUGUGAUAUCGUAAUCCCGACAAAAAUGACGGGAAACAAAAAUGACGCUGAAACCAAGAAAUCACACAAGCGAACGUUGUCUGAAAUUGAGACCAAUAAUGAUCGUUCACGAAAAGUUUCCAAAACUGAAAAAGAAACGGAAACGAAACAACAUGGAGUGGAGAGUAACGACAGAAAUAAAAACCUUGCAUUACAAUCCGUUACGGUGUCAGCUAAUUUAGAUCCAGACAAACAGAAAACCUCCAGUGACCUACUUGUUGAUGGGACGUGCAAAACACCAUUGAAAGAAUACUCUCGCUUUUCUACACCUUAUCGAGCCAUGGAAACAACUGUAAGACAAGGAAAUUCGAGGCAGUUAAAUAAAGCAAAUACCCGAAAGAAUUGUUCAGAAUCGACGAAAAAGAAAACAAAUAAUGCGAACAAUAAGGAGUGUUCAAUAAAGCCACAGGCUGGUUCCAUCUAUAAAUUAAGGAAUAAUGCCAGCCUUAAGGCGAAAAGAAUAUCUUUUGCUAAUCUUGUUGGCACUGUAAAGAAACCAGCAUCUGACGAGCGUGUAAAUUCCUCAGCCAUGUCGGUCACCAGUGGAAAUGCAAAAUCGUAUCGUUUCAAAGGUUCGGAUUUUCUGAGUGAAGAUGUCUCUGUCAAAAAUGCAGGUGUUACCUGUACAGAUGGGGCAGUUCUUUUUCUUGGUGAAGACAAGAAUAUCGGUUUGGCAGAAUUUACUAAAGCGUUCCUAUCUUCUCCUGGAGUUGAUCCAAAUUUGAUAAGCGAAUUAUGGAUAGCGAAUCAUUACGCAUGGAUUGUAUGGAAGUUAUCAUCAUAUGAACUCUCAUACCCUUCUGUUUUCACCGGAAGAGCUCUUACACCUGAUAUGGUACUUCGUCAACUGAAAUAUCGAUACGAUAGAGAAGUUGAUCAUUGUGAACGAUCCGCCGUGAAAAAGAUUUUGGAAAAGGAUGAUUGUCCCUCUCGCAGUUUAGUUCUCUGUGUCGCAAGUUUGGAUGUGACGGAUAUUGAUGAAGGCGAAAGAUCAAAAGGCAACACUCACAUUAAACACGUUGAGAAGAUAAUUCUAAUGACCGACGGCUGGUACAGCAUCCGUGUUAUGCUUGAUGAGUACCUACAGAACUUGGUUAAGGAGAAGAAGAUUUACGUAGGGCAAAAGUUAUACAUACAAGGUGCUGAAUUGUGUGGCUCAGACCAAGCUGUUUCACCGUUAGAGGCACCCACCAACCUACAUUUACGAAUCCAUGGCAACUCAACUCGUCCAGCCAAGAAAUUUGCAAGACUGGGUUUUCAUUGUAAGAACAACCUAUUUACAGUUCCUAUCAAAUCUAUAUCGACUACUGGUGGUCUUGUUAGUUCCAUUAACGUUAUCGUUACCAGGCAGUACCCUCUUCAGUUCAUGGAAAAACUGCCAGAUGGUAAAUGUGUUUUUCGCAGCCCGAGAUGCGAAGAACGUGUUUCCAAGAAAUUCCAAGAUGAUGUUCAGAGAAAACGAGACAAGAUAAUGUCUCGAGUUGAAAAGGAAAUCAAAGACGAAGUUAAAUCGUCAAGUGAAACCCAAAGAAAUUUCCACUCCGUAUCAAUGAAUGAAAUCCAAAAUCUCUCCGAUGGAAAAGAAAUAUUUGAUGCCGUUAGUAAUGCCAGUGAUCCCAUGAGUUUCCUGAGUUGUCUUUCUAAUGAGCAAAAGAAAAUUCUUAAUAAUUACAAAGAAAAUUUGAACAAGGACCGUGCUGAUAAUUUGCGUCGCAAGUACGAGAAAGCUUGGAAUGAAUUGGCCAAAAAAGAAACUCUUAAAAGAGAUGUUGUUCCUGUUUUAAAAGUGAAAAUCGUCGACGGCUGCGCAUCUAAAACCAAACAAACCCUGGGAACUGCCUUGCUAACCGUAUGGCGGCCAAAUGAACAAACGAUAACGAUGUUGGGGGAAGAAAAACGAUUGAAGGUUUUUAAUCUUCAGGUGUCCAGGUAUAAAGGCAACAAGACAAUCCAGCUGUCUGCAAAUAGAUCUACUAUCUACAAAAGUUUACCAUUCGAUGCGACUUAUCAGAAUACCUUUGAAGCAAGAAAGUUGUACACAUUUCGUGAAAUAUCAGACGGGCUUAGGCCGAAUAUAGAAGUUGAUGUUGUGGCUAUAGUAAUAUCCUGUUCCACCCAAAACAAUUUAAAUCUUGUGUAUCUGGCCGACUCUGAUCUCAAUUUGGUACGAAUAAAAGUUUGGGGUGGUCUUGAGAGUCAAUGUCUACAAGAAGUUUUUAAAGAAAGGAAUUAUGUUGCGGCGUGUAAUCUCUUAUCCCAACCAGACAGAAGAUCUGGCAUUCCAUCUCUGAAAUACUAUGAACUAUCUUUGGUUACAUCAAAUCCAUCAAACAAAAAGACGAGAAGUAGUCUUUACAAACUUAAGAAAGCAGUCUCGGACCCAGAUUCAUUUAUUGAAAAGGCCAAAGCUAAACUGGAUGGGUUAUACAAUUCAAGCUGGUCGACACCUAAAGCACAACAGAACUCUUUUCUGGAUGCUGCAUCAGGUGAAUCUAUGGCCAUUGGAAAGCGACGACGAACUACAGAAACACCACUAACAACACAAAAUAAGAAGGCUAACACUGAAAUAGUCUCCGGCGAAAACAGCGCUAUUGUUUCAGAUGUUGCUUCACCGUUAGCUUCAACAGUUAUCACACCAAAACAGAAUGAAAGCAUACUACAAACAAGGAAAAGAUUAUUACAAGAAAAGCGUAGGAAACUUGAUCUUCUAGGGAAUCCCCCACCAAUAUCACCGAUCCCAAAUGCUGUGCCAGCGAGUGUGAAAAAACAAUUUCAAACCCCAAAGCGGAUAAGAACACAGGUGGACGAUACUGAGAAUGAAGAAGAGUGAGGAGAGAAAAGCUUCUCUCUGUAGUAUAAUGACUUGCAAGAACAAGUUGCCAGAAAGUAAAUCAUUAAAGAUAAACUAUUGUUUUGGUAGUAUUAUCUACACGCUGUAUAAAUGUGGGUAUCAAAAGGUGGCUAAGAAGUAUAAUUGAACUUAUCAACAAUGCACAAGUCAAAGGUAACGAGACUCUGUCCAUUCUUCUUUUUGAUAUCUCAUAAUAUCAUAGAUCACAAGAUGUUAGAAAAGAAUAUUUCAUUUUUGGCACCAUUCUUCAAAAUGAAAAAUGAUGUUUGACUUAUGUUUUUCAUGUUCAUGUUCGCGGUAGUUUAUAUAUACCUACAAAUAAACUUAUGAAGUAUAUUUUGCUUGAAAUAUCAAAUUUAUUAUUACGAAGUAAUAUGAAGUACAAAUUAUUGUAUAGAAUUUAUGUAGAUAUCUAACAAAAAUAA